CCAUCUAACUAUACUAAAUACAGGUGAAAAAGAAAAAGAAAAAGAAAAAGAAAAAGAAAACCACAAAUACAGCAUUUUUAAGUCCAUCUUCUAACAGAGGCAACCAAACCCAUCUCCCAUUACAGCUCUGUGUGAUUACUUGGCAGGAGGCAGGUAUGAGUAUGUAUACGGGGUUCACUCGGCUAUGCAAGGGCCUUGCAGUAGUGCUUCUUGGAGGUCACAUUGUUGUUCACAUUCUUCCUUCUUCUCUUUCCUAUCUUGCUCUCAUCCCUGCCAAGACUAUUCCAUUUGCAUGGAAUCUUAUAACAGCUGGUUACACCGAACAAACAGUGUAUGGGGCAAUCAUCAGCUCCAUCGGACUUCUUUUCCUGGGGAAGCUGCUUGAGCCCAUCUGGGGUUCCAGGGAAUUCUUGAAGUUCAUCUUUAUUGUCAACUUUUUGACAUCUCUCUUUGUUUUCAUCACAGCCAUAUCAUUGUACUACAUAACAAGACUGGAAAUCUACCUCUAUAUGCCUAUUUCCGGCUUCCAAGGAGUUCUUUCUGGUUUCUUAGUUGGCAUCAAGCAAAUCUUGCCCGACCAAGAGUUAUCUAUUUUGAAACUGAAAGCGAAGUGGUUGCCUUCCCUUGCAUUGUUGUUCUCAAUUGCUGUAAGCUUUUUCACGGCAGAUUCAGUAUCAUACCUUCCAACAAUAGUAUUUGGGACAUAUUUUGGCUGGAUCUACCUAAGAUACUGGCAGAAGAAACCAGAGACAAAACUAAAGGGUGAUCCAAGUGAUGAAUUUGCCUUCUCUUCUUUCUUCCCUGAAUUUUUCAGACCAGUAAUUGAUCCAAUUGCAACAAUAUUUGAACGGAUGCUUUGUGGUAGAAGAUCUGAGAUUUCUAACGAGGAAAGGGGCUAUACUCUAGGUGGUUCCACAUUGCCUGGUUCUGAUCCCAUUGAAGCAUCGAGGAGGAGGGAAAGAGGUGCGAGAGCACUUGAAGAAAGAUUGGCAGCGGAGCGUUUGGCUGCUGGAAAGAAGGCUGAAGAUUCAGAAAGAGAUGCCAAUGAUAAAGUGUAGAAGCUGGUCAAUAUAUAUGUAAUGUGCUUUCUUUGCAGAAAAAAUGUUUGUCCUCUAGAAGCUAGAAGAUUGUGCACAUUUUUGGCAGUGUACUCUUUUGGAUUCUUGAUGGAAGUUUUGUCACCUGUUGUUUAUCA